GUAUUCAUUAAUAUAAUUGUUAAAGCGUUAUCAUACAGAUCUAUUGAGUUUCUUUGUUUUGGUUUUCAUCUGACUGACGAGGGGUAUGGCUGUUAAAUAAAUAUUUCUUUAGUAAAAUAUUGACACACAAUGGAUUCUAUGAUAUCCGAAAGUUAAGGUUAGGUCAAACAAAAAAAAAUUAAAAAGAAAGAUUUAGUCCAGCCAGCUGUCAUGGUCGGAAGUGUACUGAUAUUUUGCAGAACCAGUUGGAAGACUAUUUUGGUCAUCCUGACCCCCGUUCUACUGUCUCCUCUUGUGUUUCCUUACAGUCAGAGAUCGCAGGAAUCCAAAUGUGGUUUCAUAGUUCUAAUCAUGACAGUUUAUUGGGUGACUGAAGCCUUCCCGUUACCUGUAACCUCAGUCAUACCCAUUGCCCUGGCGCCGCUGCUGGGUGUAGCCUCCUCCUCACGCAUGUGUAAAGUAUUUCUAGAGGAUGUCUCCUUUCUUCUGAUUGGUGGAACCAUUGUGGCUAUAGCCAUAGAGAAAACAAUGCUGCAUAAGAGAAUAGCCUUAAGAAUACUUUUGCUGAUUGGAGUUGAACCCAGGCGACUUCUCCUGGGUGUCAUGGUGACCACAGCCUUCCUGUCUAUGUGGAUCAGCAACAUGGCUACCACCGCCAUGAUGAUACCUAUCACUAGAGCGCUUUUGGUCAAACUUUUGACAACCACUUCCGAGGUCAAUGGUCAGUCCUCAGAAGAAGAAGAUAUAUCAAUCGAGCAGACAUCAUUGCCUUCGAGUGAAUUAACGGAGAUAUUAAGAGAACGACUUGAGGUGAAUGACUCCAUGACAGUAAGAACUAAACAUUGUGAGAAAUCCGUGGAAUUUAAAGAAACAGUUAUUGGGCGACAUGAAGAGUCUGGACAUUCAUCGCGACACGAAAGCAAGAAAAGAGAGAAGCGUGAUGAUAAAGUCGACGAAACAAUUGAGCUCCAUAAUCUGGACCCCAGAAACAUGGUUCUCCUGAAGAUCUUCAGUCUCUGCGUCUGUUACUCCUCCAACAUAGGAGGCAUGGCCACACUGACCGGAACUGCCCCUAACAUGGUGCUAGCUCGCAUGGUCACAGAUCUGUACAAAGAAGCGCCUGUCACUUUUGCCAAAUGGUUUCUUUUUGGGUUUCCAAUGUCGCUGCUUCUACUGUUUGGUACUUACGUUUGGAUGUAUAGAACAGGUUUUGGAUUUAGGUCAUUCUUCAGAUGUUCGUCUUCAGUUUCAAGGAAUGAAUUAGAAAGAACAAAGCGAGCAGUCAGAGAAGAAUUUGACAAGCUGGGGUCAUUAAAAUUUAACGAAGUUAUCGUUCUUAUUCAUUUUGUACUACUAGUCUCCCUUUGGUUGCUACGAACGCCAGGAUCAUUCCCUGGUUGGGCCACCUUCUUUAAACCAGGACACGUGACGGACGCUUCUGUCGCCAUUUUGGUGGCCAGCAGUUUGUUUGUUUUCCCCAACGAGAGGCCUAAUGUAUUAUUCUUUCGGUCAAAAGGAGAUUCAAGUCCCUCCAGAUCCUCGCCUUCGAUAUUGACGUGGAAAUCAACAAUGAAAAAAUUUCCUUGGGGUGUCAUCUUCCUUUGUGGAGGAGGUUUUGCCCUCUCUGAGGCUAUCAAGGUGUCAGGGCUGUCCAAAAUGAUCGCACAAAACCUUAUGUUUAUCCAAGUUCUGCCUGGGUGGGCCGCCUGUCUGGUAGUGGUUAUACUGACCUCAGCUGUCACGGAGAUUGUGUCUAACACAGUGGUCACUAUGCUGCUCCUUCCCAUGUUAAAAGAACUAGCAAUAGCCAUGCAGCUACAUCCACUUUACCUGAUGUUGCCCGCCACUGCUGCCUCGUCUCUCGCAUUCAUGUUGCCCAUUGCCACGCCUCCUAACGCCCAGGUCUUCGCUUAUGGCGAUAUCAAAGUUGUAGAUAUGGUCAAAAGUGGCUUUAUUCUCAACCUUCUGGGCAUCCUAGUUAUUGUCCUGGCCAUCAACACGUGGGGCUACUACGUCUUUGGCUUGGCUGACCUGCCCGUGUGGGCGCUGCGAGCUGCUGCCCUUUCCGCCAAUUCUACAAACACAACACAAGCUGGAUAAGUUGGGUUACUCCACAAUGUUUUGAGCUCUGUCUGUCAUUCGUUUCUUUGUUCUAGUUUCAUUAAAUACAUUUUGAUGUGA